AGUACUCUUCUUUAACUUAGUCUUUAUCAAACGAUGAAAUACGUCUUCCUGUUUCAUAUGUUCCUCGUUGAAAUUUAAUUCCAAAUCAUAAUAAUUUAAUUGCAAAUCAUAAUAAUUAAUCAUAUCAAAUUUUUGCGAUCAUAUUUAAAAAAAACCGAUAUUAUAAAAGAAGAAUUCGCCAAUAAGAAGAUCGAGAAGAGUCUCAACAUAAUAUGUAACGACGAUUCAAAGAAGCUAUAAUUGAAGAUGUCACGGUGUUCAACCUCGCUACCUCGUUAUCAUUCGAUGCAUAAAAUAUAACUUCCUAACAGAAAGUGAUCGAGGAGCCAUCAACGAUGAAACUUAGCAUGUUCCACGUUCUGUGCUACCUGGGUGUGCUGACCGCAUUCGUUCUGUCCGCGAAGAGUGACUGGAAAAAUCAGCCUGUUUCGAACCCAUCAUCAAGUAUCCAAGAAACGAGGGAGAAGUCUUUAGACGCAAGUAAUCCGCGGGACAAACGAGCAUUAGGUCUGAUUCUUUCAGGCCUGGCACAGGUUUUUGGUUAUACGGUAAACCCUGUUCAAAUAGCUUCGUUGCCCAAUCCGGCUACCGAGUCGGACGAGACAAGAGUAGGUACUCAGUCAUCUGGCACUCAAGCGAAUUCCACUCAAUCGAAUGGGUCAUCAACUACCGCAGCUCCUAGACAACGAGAGACUAUUAGAUUCACCGGUGUAGUGAACUUCGGGAAUGGAACUGGCGUGCUAACCCAAUUACAGCAAUACGAGGCGUUGUUUCAUGGAGGAAAUGGUAAUUCGACAUCUGCAACAACCUCUGCAUCAUCGGCAACACAGUCACCCCAGGUAGAUCCAAGACCUCCUCUGGUAGUCAAAAUUCCUCUACCGGUUGUCCCACAGCCAGAUUUGCAGCCUAUACCUCAACCACCCCUGCCUGAGAUCCCUCCUCAAGAUAUUAUGCUGUCGUAUCCUGCACCAAUCGUCCCUGUUCGCAAGGAACAACAGAUGAGAAGGAAAAAUUUGACAGAGAAAGUAACUGUGCAAAAUCAAACGAUUCAAAGUGGAAUGGAUGUUCGAUCGCAUCCUCCUUCGACUACUGUUGUGGUUCAGACGGAAGAUCCACGAUGGAAGAAGGAGUAUGAGGAUAGGUUAACGGAAUUAGAACGUAAGCAGGAGGAACAGGCUAAAAAAUUGAGGGAACAGGAAUGGUAUAGAAAUCGACAGAAGGAGGAUAAUUAUAAUUAUGAAGAGGAUAGAAAAGAAUAUGAUGAUCGAGGAAAACAAAUAGGAGAACAACAUUCUGAAUGUAGAAAGGAAGAGGAAGAAACUGAUAAGGGAAAGGAGUCAGAAGAGGAAGAAGAUCAAUCAAGAGAGAAGAAUGAAGAGAAGAUUCGUGAAUAUUCCACGAGUCAAAAAACAAAGAAGCCUGAAGAAAGCGAAGAGGAAGAGGAAGGAUACCAAAAUUAUAAAAAUGAUGAUGUUUAUAAAAAAAAUAUGCCUCAGUUAAAUGAAAAUUAUACUAGUAUACAAUACAAUGAACCAUUGCCAUUAAGUGAAGAUGAUGAGCAAAGACGACCUGAAGAUUUGCGUAAUAGUUACGGAGAACCUUUGUACAAUCGUGAAUUGUUUGAAGAUGGGUUCGUGAAUUUUUUUGGAAAUCAGCCACUGAGAGAUAUUUAUAACUCUCCAUUUUCAAAUUCAAAAGAGAAAAUCUCGGAAGAGGAGGAAGAUUCGCGUGAAAAUCAUGAAGACAGAAGUGAUGAAAGAGAAGAGGAGAAUAUUCCAGCGAGAAAUAAAUAUGAAGAGUAUAGUUUAGAGGAAGAUAUGGAUACCAAAAGGAAGGAUGAAAACGAUUUUGAACCAUCGAAAAAAUAUUUUACUAAUGUUCAAACGAAUAGCAAAAAUCAGUUCGAAGAACGAGGAACGAUCGAAGAAAUGGAAUUUGGUAAAUAUAUGCCUUUAAUUGUUCCUGUUCGGUAUUUAACUGCUCCUGAAGAAUUAAGAAAAGCGAAAGAGAAAUCGUCAUCGAUGGAAAAAUUAAAAAAAGAUAAUAAUGUAUUGGAGACAGGAAUAACGAAGAAGAUUUCAAAAUUUAAAGAAUCAUGGCGAUCAAAAAAGGAGAAUUUAAAACCAAUAAUAGGUCUUCCGGAAAAGCCAAGACAACUUCACGAAGGCGAACAAAAGGAUCUACAAAUAUGGCCACCACCAUUCGAUUUUGUUCUAGAUAGUACGAUUCAUACCAAUGUUGUUCAAGCAAAAUUUAACAAUAAUGAUAGUAUAGAAAUUCCUAAUAUUCGUCAAAAACCUGAAUCUUUUAGUAAAAAGAAGGAAGAAAGACAACAAAGAAACAGAAUUUUUAAUAAUUCAACUCAAAAAAUUUAUGAUUCUCCCGAAGAUAUUUAUUAUCAAAGAUUUAAGAAUGAUCAUAAACAUAAAAUUGUUUCUGAGAAACGAUUGAAUAAACCAAUAAAUGCUGAGAGAUCGAAUCGUACACAUUUUAAAAUUGAAGUAAAAGGACUAAAGAAAUUUGAACAAAAUGACCAUGGAAAAGAAUUACCACAAUUUCAUGAACAUUAUAAAUAUAUUUCCAAUAAUAAUUAUAAAAAUACAGAACGACCAAAUGUCGAUGUACAACAUUCUUCGAACCAGCAAAUUCCAAAUUCAUUGCAUUUUAAAAAUUUUGAAUCUUUGAAACAUAAUAUUGAAAAAAAUGAGCCUGUUGUAGAGGAUAAAAACAAAAUAAAUGAUAAAAAUCAAAUAAUGCAAAAUGUUCAACAAAAAUCUGAUCCAUCAAUCAUUUUUGAUCCUACAGAGAAUUAUAGUUUCUUUGAUUUUAAUGAAAAUAUACAUGAUUUUAAUCAUGGAAGAGAAAACGAUAGAUUGUCCGAAGUUUUUGAAAGUAACAAAAGAAUUGAGAAUAAAAGAGCAAUUGGCUUGACUAUACCGCAACAGGACGUGUAUCAUUAUGACGAAAGUUUGACGAAAUUUUCCAAUGAACCGGAAAGCAAAAGCGUGAAAGUCAGAGGGAAUAAUUAUUCGAAUGGUGCUAUUGCUAUGAAAAUGCAUCAAGAACAAAUUGGUCCCAGCGAAUCGAUAAGUUAUAUCAGUUAUCCUAGUAUUUUGUAAUAAUUUGAUAAUUUUUAAAUUUAUGAUUUAUUUGUAAUUAAAAUCAAUAGUUAUUUCAAGUGGAUUUCGAUAUCAUUUUAUGAAAUUUUUUUA